AUAACUGAAGAUUGAAACCAGCGGAUUUUGAAGGCUGCGUCACUGUGUUUGUCGCAUUUCAGUGUGUGCACCACUCCUCUGUUUUGUCACUGUGUUGAUGAGUCUCGAUAUCAUCACCCUACUUAAUUCUGCAGCAUGUGAUGAUCCGAAUGUAAUGGUACCUGCAAGUCAGCAUCUUACUUCGGUGACUCAAUCAGGAGAGAAUUGUGAUAAUAUAUGUUCGGCCAUAGCAUCGUGUGUUUUCUCUAACAAUGGUAGUUUAUCUGCUGAUGGACGUUUUUUGGGACUUAUCUACCUCAAGAAUAUGGUGUUUGAUUGCAAAAAUAGGCAUAGUGUUGAUCUUAAUGUCAAAAAGAAAGUUGAGAUGUUAUUUUUUGAAUAUAUAUCACGGGGUACGGAAAAUAGCUUUACCAAUCUAGUUGAGAAUAUUCCACGGAUCAGUGGACUUGUCGCUGAGUUUACUGCAAGGUACGUAAAAAACGAGUGGCUCAAGAAUGAUUGGUCCGACUCUCUGUGGGAUAAUCUUUUGUGUUGGCACGCAUGGUCUUCCUUGCGGUCUGGACUGAAGGCAGCAGCUAGUUUCAGGUUGCCUACACGGCGCCGCGCUUUUAAUGCCACGGUCACGAAGUUAUUACCAAGUGUUAUAAAUUGCUUUAAAAGUGCGUCUACGAAUCUAGAGGUGAAUAUUGAUCCGUGUAUAAGACUUUCGAAGUUACUUUAUUCGUGUUUUAACUUAGUUGGUAAAAUUGACGCAGCUCUGGUCGAUAAAACAAAGAUCUAUGAAGAUGCUUUUGCGGUUGCCCUUUUGGCUUUGGAAUUAGCAUUUCAAAGUAUGCUGGACGCUGAAAAGUCCCCCCUGAUGUUUGUGUUUCGCCGGCGUGUAUCAAAGUUAUUGUUUGCUUUGUUUUUAUCCUGUCCUUCGGAAACCAGAGAUUGCGUUAUUGAACAUAUAUUAGAUCGUAUUUUGAUCAUUGUUUCCUAUUCUGGUGAUGUACAAUCGAAUUACAAGGAUGCAUGUGCAGUGAAGUGGCUUUUGGGAAUUACUUACAGCGUACUUUGUUGCAAGUCGCCGAAAUACGGAGGUCAGGUCGAUCUCACUGAACAUGGGAAGCGUAAGCUAGCACUGUGGAUGUCUCAGCCUUAUAAGUUACCCAGUGGACAAAUCAGCAACAAAUGGACGUACUUCAUGAUGUCACUUUUUGAACAUUGGUUUAUACUUACUCCAAACGAGUUACAGUUUUUCACAAGUGAUCCAGAGGGUUGUUUAUCGUCGGGUGGGAUUUCCAGUAUCAGUGUAGGACAUGACGCUAAAGCUAAUUCAGUCUAUGCUGAUUUAAAUUCUAUUUGGAAUGUAGAUAAUCAAGCAAGUGAAUUGUGUGUAUGUAACAUUGAAACAAUAAUGGGUAUCUCUGAUAGUUCCCAGCACAUGCUAACACCUCAGCCUUGUCGUCAAUUAACAGAACUCAUCUUUACAAUAUUCUGCCGAUUAUAUGAGGAGGCGGACCCAGUGUUAUAUGAGAUAGUUCAGUCAGUUAAUCCUGGAACAAAUAAACCAUAUAUCUUCGAAGCUAUUAUGAGAUUUGUACAACUGUGUUUACCAUAUUUUGGAACAAAAGCAAAUUGGAUUACUUUAGCGGAACAGCUUAUAGCUGAUGGCUUGGCUGUAGGAAAUUCCAUACAAGAUCGCAUAGGGUCACAACCUAUGGAAAAUGAAAUUACUUCUGUUACGAUUCUAACUCGAACUCUAUCUCUUUUAUCGCGUUACAGUGUACAGUGUAUCGCACCAGGAGAUGUGGAGUUUUCAUCACUGAAACCUAACUGUAAUGAUGCUCUUUCACACAUCAAUCGAUUUUUGAAUCGUCCAUCUAAUUGGGAUCAGAAUGUUUUCCAAAAACAAUUAAUGAUGUGCAUCAGACUAGCAGCUGCAUACAGUCUUACAUGGCUUCUGGAAGUAUCAGUAUUUCCUGAGGAUGUUUUGGUGUUACAUGCUGAAAAUGUACUAAAUGGUACUCUUUUUCUAAUCCAGGAUGUUAAAGAAUGUGAAACACAAAUCUAUAUGCUAACUUUAUUAGGAAAAUUAAUUCAUAAAAUUGAUUUAAUCGCUUAUCCUCAAUUCAUUACUCCAAUUCUAAACACUUUGAAUCAUUUAUGGAGUUUUGGUGGUCUAACUGCUGCACUACGAGCUAGUAUUCUAAACACUGUCUGUCUUCUAAUUACUGAAUUUAAUGAAUUCAAUGAAUGUUCUUCACUUCUCCCUGAGUUCAAUACAUUAAUACACAGUUCUGUAAUUAAUUUAAUUCAAAUAUCAUUAUAUCAAGCAGAAGAAAAUCAAAUAAAUGGUUCAGAAGCUUUAUUUGAACCAGCUGUUCGUUUAUGGGCAAGUUUAGUUGAAGGUCUUAAUUCAGCAUGGUCACCAGAUUUAAUUAAUUUAAUGCCUAUAUUAGUUGGAGAUAGCGUACAUUUAAUACAAGCUGGUGGAGACCUGUCAGUUGGUACUUCGUUGAAACGACCAUUACUAGGUCGCGUGGAUUCGGGUGAACAGGCUGAUCUAGUUUUCCGUAUUGCUUAUGGUACUUUGAGGCUAGCUCACAAGGCUGGUAAUGAUAUUUUGCACAACUUUAUAUGCCAGUGGUCCGAACCCUUUUGGAUAUCUAUGUUGGUUGUCAGUUUGAAUUGGAAUAAUUCACUUGGGGAACAAGUGAAUUUAGAGGAUCUUUAUUCUCAAGCUUCUUCAUGCAUUAAUGAUGAAAAUAAAACAGAUGAAGAGUCAAAAUACAGGUUAAAUCAACUUAAACUAUUCAUUAUAUGGUUUACGAUUUAUUUGGACAUCCAAUAUUCCCAACAAAAUUUUACAUCUUUACCGUCGAGUGCAAUUGGUUUAAUUUUUCUAGCUGCUAAAUAUUGCUUGAUUCGUGCUCCUGAAGAUGCACAUUCUGAUGUUACACCAAAAGCUACGGAACUUCGACUAGAACUUCUCUCUCGAUUAGUAUUAUAUCCUAAUAUGUGGAUAUCAUAAUUCAAUCGGUCAGCAAUGUUGUUCUACUUUGGAUGAAUUAAGAAACUUGUUAAUUUCACCAAUUCGUCGGUGGUUAGGACGUGUGGAUUCUUUGCCUAGUUAUAUUGAUCGACGGUGUAUAGCCGUUGCUGCUAUCACUUGUUUUAGACAAGGUAUUCAGUCAUACAAUAUUAAUGAUCAUCAACUACUUGAUGUGAAAUAUUUGGAAGAUUUGGCUGUAAAUGAUAGUUGGCAUGCUCAAUGGCUUGAACCAGUCAUCAAUCUUAUUAUACAGGUUCUUUACGAUGAAGAUGAAGUGUUUACAGAAGAUGAAAAUAUUCAGUUUUAUCAUUUUUAUCCAAUAGGAAUUUCUACAUUGAACAAUUUAAAACAUCGACUUAGAAAUGAACUCAAUUUAUGGCAAGAUCAAGUAGGCUGUCCUACAAUAGCCGAUGCUUUGAUUAAAUGUCAUGUUGAUCCAGCUCUUCGUGUUCAGUUAGAAUGUCAAUUAAAUCAAAGUGAAUAGUAUAAAUAAACAAUAAUUCUUGAAAAAAAUUAUUCUGAAUACUACAAUGUAUAAAUAUUUUAUUUUUAAUUAAAAACUAAUUUAUUCGUUUUGCUGCGCAAUCGAUUUCUGGUUCCCUUUUGGGGUUGUAGAUGUGCACUACUAACUAGUCCAUAUUUAUGAGUAUAAAAUUAUUCAAUACUCCGUUUUUAUCAGUGGGCCAACUUAUGACGUUUAUCAUAUGAUCGAAAUUGUAUUAGAUUAUGUGAUUUUAAUGAAGUCUCCCACUUUUUUUUGAAUAUAAUGUUUAACGAUUGAUAUGGAAGAUGUAAUUGUUACUUCAUCACACUUCUACUAAUCACUACUUGUCUAAAUUUAUAGGUAUCGAAUUCUCUGAUCUUACCACUUCGAAUUUGUUCCUCUUCAUAUAAUUGUUGAAAGCAUACAACCAAUAUUCCCUUGAUGUGGAAAAAAUAUUGAAUUUUAAAAGAAGAUUUUAGGAUGUAGAUCUCGACUCAUGUAUCACAAAAAGGGAUAGAUAUUAACCCUUCAUAUCAGCCAUAUGUUUUUCUUAUUAUCUGAAACUAGAAUCUUUCUUUGUU